UCUCUGCUCCUUCCUGUAGUAACAGCCGCCGCCGCAGCCACCAGGAGCCCGGGCCGGGAGCGAGAGCCGCGGGCCCAGAGCCGGCCCCGCCGCCGGACGGCUCGGUGCCGCCAGGUGAACGGCCAUGGCGGGCUGGAUCCAGGCCCAGCAGCUGCAGGGGGAUGCGCUGCGCCAGAUGCAGGUGCUGUACGGGCAGCACUUUCCCAUCGAGGUCCGCCACUACUUGGCGCAGUGGAUCGAGAGCCAGCCCUGGGAUGCCAUCGAUCCAGAAAAUCACCAGGACCAAGACAAGGCCUCCCAGCUCCUGCAGGGCCUGGUGCAGGAGCUGCAGAAGAAGGCGGAGCACCAAGUCGGGGAAGAUGGGUUCUUGCUGAAGAUCAAGCUGGGGCACUACGCCACGCAGCUCCAGAACACGUACGACCGCUGCCCCAUGGAGCUGGUCCGCUGCAUCCGGCACAUUCUGUACAACGAGCAGAGGCUGGUCCGCGAAGCCAACAACGGUGCCUCUCCUGUUGGGAUGCUGGUUGACGCCAUGUCCCAGAAACACCUUCAGAUCAACCAGACAUUUGAAGAGCUAAGACUGGUCACACAGGACACCGAGAACGAACUGAAGAAGCUGCAGCAGACUCAAGAGUACUUCAUCAUCCAGUAUCAGGAGAGCCUGAGGAUCCAAGCUCAGUUUGCCCAGCUGGCCCAGCUGAACCCGCAGGAGCGUCUGAGCCGGGAGACAGCCCUGCAGCAGAAGCAGGCGUCCCUGGAGGCCUGGCUGCAGCGCGAGGCCCAGACGCUGCAGCAAUACCGCGUGGAGCUGGCCGAGAAGCACCAGAAGACCCUGCAGCUGCUGCGGAAGCAGCAGACCGUCAUCCUGGACGACGAGCUGAUCCAGUGGAAGCGGCGGCAGCAGCUGGCCGGGAAUGGGGGGCCCCCUGAGGGCAGCCUGGACGUGCUGCAGUCCUGGUGUGAGAAGCUGGCCGAGAUCAUCUGGCAGAACCGGCAGCAGAUCCGCAGAGCUGAGCACCUCUGCCAGCAGCUGCCCAUCCCCGGCCCAGUGGAGGAGAUGCUGGCGGAGGUCAAUGCCACCAUCACAGACAUCAUCUCAGCCCUGGUGACCAGCACGUUCAUCAUUGAGAAGCAGCCCCCUCAGGUCCUGAAGACCCAGACCAAGUUUGCAGCCACCGUGCGCCUGCUGGUGGGGGGGAAGCUGAACGUGCACAUGAACCCCCCCCAGGUGAAGGCCACCAUCAUCAGCGAGCAGCAGGCCAAGUCGCUGCUCAAGAACGAGAACACCCGCAACGAGUGCAGUGGCGAGAUCUUGAACAACUGCUGCGUCAUGGAGUACCACCAAGCCACUGGCACCCUCAGUGCCCACUUCAGGAACAUGUCGCUGAAGAGGAUCAAGCGUGCUGACCGGCGGGGCGCGGAGUCCGUGACGGAGGAGAAGUUCACGGUCCUGUUUGAGUCUCAGUUCAGUGUGGGCAGCAAUGAGCUUGUGUUCCAGGUGAAGACCCUGUCCCUUCCUGUGGUUGUCAUUGUUCACGGCAGCCAGGACCACAAUGCCACGGCCACCGUGCUGUGGGACAACGCCUUUGCCGAGCCGGGCAGGGUGCCCUUUGCCGUGCCUGACAAAGUGCUGUGGCCGCAGCUGUGUGAAGCGCUCAACAUGAAGUUCAAGGCCGAAGUGCAGAGCAACCGGGGCCUGACCAAGGAGAACCUCGUGUUCCUGGCGCAGAAGCUGUUCAACAGCAGCAGCAGCCACCUCGAGGACUACAACAGCAUGUCCGUGUCCUGGUCCCAGUUCAACAGGGAGAACUUGCCGGGCUGGAACUAUACCUUCUGGCAGUGGUUUGACGGGGUCAUGGAGGUGCUGAAGAAGCAUCACAAGCCUCAUUGGAACGACGGGGCCAUCCUAGGUUUUGUGAAUAAGCAGCAGGCCCACGACCUGCUCAUCAACAAGCCGGACGGGACCUUCUUACUGCGCUUUAGCGACUCGGAAAUCGGGGGCAUCACCAUUGCCUGGAAGUUUGACUCGCCUGACCGCAACCUGUGGAACCUGAAGCCGUUCACCACGCGGGAUUUCUCCAUCCGGUCCCUGGCCGACCGGCUGGGUGACCUGAACUAUCUCAUCUACGUGUUUCCCGACCGGCCCAAGGAUGAGGUCUUCUCCAAGUACUACACGCCUGUGCUCGUUCCCCCCUCGGCAGCUAAAGCGGUGGACGGAUACGUGAAGCCACAGAUCAAGCAAGUGGUCCCUGAGUUUGUGACAUCUGCAGACUCUGCUGGGGGCAGUGCCAUCUACAUGGACCAGGCCCCCUCCCCGGCUGUGUGUCCCCAGGCUCAUUAUAACAUGUACCCGCAGAAUCCUGACCCCGUCCUGGUCACUCCUCUCUCCACCAGUCCUGACCCCGUCCUUGACCAGGAAGGAGACUUUGACCUGGAUGAGACCAUGGAUGUAGCCCGGCACGUGGAGGAACUCCUACGCCGCCCGAUUGACAGUCUGGACCCCCGCCUGUCCCCACCUACCGGGCUCUUCAGCUCUGCCAGAGGCUCGCUGUCCUGAAUGUGUGAAUCCCACACUUCGCCUUGGAGACAGUACCCGCGCGAAGGGUUCAUAGUAAUUGUGAUUUUCGUGUUGCUGUGCAUAUUGGUGCCCUUGCAGGCAGCACAUGUACGCGUGCAUACGUGUGUAUAUUUGUGCCCACCUCGCCUUCGCAGUCCUAGGUGUGUGGCUGCCGCCGCGGCAGCCGCCGUUUCCUCCAGAUCAAGGUAUUCCAAGAGCCCCGGGGCCUGUCUCUGCGGUGGGAGAGACGGAGCUGCUUCCGUCGCGCCAGGUACUCAGCGCAGGAAGCCUCCUCCCCCGGGGCCUCUGUCUGCUCAGCAGCUAUUUGUAUGAAACUGUUCAAGGAGGGGAAUAGAGACAGGCAGCACCUCUAAGCUUUACUCCUGACUCAGAAGCUUUGCCUCCCAAGUGUGUGUGUGCGCGCGCGCAUAUAUGUGCAUCUGCUCUCAUGCACGCGUGUUGGUCUAUUGCUUCUUCCCUUGGAAGGGAGGUUGGGGUUCAAUAUUUCCUACUUUGUCGGAUGAACAUGGACUCCAGACUUUUUGUGAACUGAAAGCUUAUUAUCUAGGUCGCGGCCAAGUCCCUAGCAGCAGAAAUGGGUCAUUUGAGUCAGGCCCGCCAAAGCUGCUCUGAGUGUGUCAUUUCUUGGCCUCCCAUCCAGAGCGUGAUGCCAUGGCCAACGCUCCCGCUCCUUCUCACCCAACAUCCCCUCCCCUCCAUCUGGCCCCGCCUCCUUUCCUUGCCUCUGUUGCUUAUAGGAGAGGUAGGAGAGGGGAAGACAGGUGUAGGACCUGGUGUGAACAGGGGACCCGGGACUUGUGGGGCUGAUCCCCUCCGAUCCUGGAAAUAACCUGCACGGAGAGACAGCAGCGAAUCAGCCGCCUGCUGCACGCCUGUGGGAUCUGGAGUGAGGGGUGAAAGCCGAUCCCUGCUUCCAAGCUGCUGGGAGGCGGGACCUGGAAGAGGCCUCAUCACAGUUGCAUAACCCGCUGUGGUGGGAGAAGGCCUGGCUCGCAACCACGCUGGCUCCGCCCUCCGAGGCUAUCUGGCCUGCAGCCAAGGGCAGCUGACAGUGGGAUAGCGGGAGCCCCAGGUUGAAACCUCUCUGAAGGGACAGGGGGGUGAGAAGAGGGAGUCUUUUGUACUUUGUACAUAGGCCACACAUUUGUGAAAAGUGUUUUGGAAUAAAGUAUUUUCUUUUUUCAUAAAA